AUGAACUUAGAGGAAGCCACCACGGACAUGGCUUCUCUGCCUUCGGGAUCUAAUCCUUUAUCGAAUCCCACUUCCGCAAUUAAGACUUCGUCGAAUCAAGACAAGUUUCUCUUUGAUUGCGACCAUUUGAUCAACUUUUGCACUCAAUUUGAACAGAGUGACAUUCAGGAUCAAACUGAUUCGGUAUUGGAAGUAAAGUUAGAGGACCUAGAGAAUCGGUGGCAACGACUUCAGGCUACCUAUGAAGGUCUCAUGCUAGCUCCAAGAAGUGUCAAUACCAAGGACUACAGGGACAACGCUAGAGUUAAUUUCAAUGCCAGCUCCGAAGCCUAUUACAUGGCAAGGUCCCAAAUCCUGGAUAUUCUGAGAAUAUCAGGAGGAAAUGCUCGCCAGAACGCUAGGCACAGCCUUAUUCCGGCUUAUAUUCCCCAGCCUUCGGUUGAUCACUCCUCUCAAGAGGUGGCUGCCAGUUACAUCAAAGUGCCUCCCUGUGAUACAGAGGUAUUUAAAGGGGGUUACGAGGAAUGGCCGUCAUUCCGUGACAUGUUCACGGCCGUUUACGUUAACCAUCCAAAAUUGACGAGAGCUCAGAAGUUAUAUCAUCUGCGGAACAAGACUAGAGGUGCAGCUGGCGCCAUAGUCAAGAGAUUCACUCUGUGCGAUGAAAACUUCGAACUCGCUUGGAGUGCUCUAAAGGCUCGUUAUGAGAACAAGCGGGUCUUAGUAGACAAUCAAUUAAAGGUUCUCUUCAACAUUCCUAUGGCAUCUGUGGAGAAUAGUGAAGCAAUUCACAAAAUUCAAUCCACCGUGAAUGAUUGCCUGUGCACUCUCGAGACUCUUGACGUCAAUGUAGAAAGCUGGGAUCCCAUACUCUUAUACUUGGUUUCGACCAAGUUGCCAGAUGAAACGCUGGCUCUGUGGGAGCAAUCCCUCAAAUCUCACCGCGAUCUUCCUACCUGGAAACAGCUCGAUGAAUUCCUCAUCAACAGGUACGAAAUCGUGGAACGGCUCUCGAGCAUAAAAGCCACAAAGACCAGAAGUUCGCUCCCGUCUCAAAGCAGUGGUAAGGUUCAAACUUAUCACUCGCAAGAAAAGCUAAGCUCUUCUUGCCCCCUAUGCAGUUCCGACCACACCAUAAGAAGUUGUGGACAGUUUCGGAAAUAUACUGCGCAACAACGCAUAGAUUUUGCAUACAAGCACAAGUUAUGCAUAAAUUGCCUCUCCUCAUCUCAUCUCAAAACAAAUUGCAAAAGUGUGAACACCUGUAUAAUUUGUCAUAAGCCACACCACACUCUGCUUCAUCUAAGAAGUAAUCCAGAAGUGGAAACUGAAGAUCAGGCAACCCAUUCUAGUCGCGAGGAUGACAAGGGUCAAAUGAAAUCGUCUGGCAUGAAUUCGAGAAACACGGGUCAUAAUGAGGCUCCCUCAACUUCAGGCGCAAAGCGCCCCUCUCACGUUCAGGCCAAUUUCUCGUCCAACAACGAAAUGAUUUUGUUACGAACAGCUCUGGUUCGGGUUGAACAUCAAGGGGAGUUGUUUACGUUAAGAGCUCUUAUUGAUCCCGGUUCUCAACGAACCUUUAUAACACAGCGAAUUCAGAAGCGCUUACAAAUUCCCACUUCUAAAGCGCAUUUUGAGAUUUUUGGUAUUGGCGAACAGACUCAAACGUCAAAUAAGGAAUGCCAACUUGUCAUUGUGGCGGAGAAAUACGAUGUUCGCUUCACAGUCUCGGCAAUAGUAUUGCCUAAAAUGACAAAAUGGCUUCCUUCCGUCUCAUUCGAAAUCUCAAAUCCGUCCGAGUUGGAGGAGUUAGAUCUGGCAGAUCCAAACUUCAAUAAAUCCGCUCAAAUUGACCUAAUUUUAGGCAAUGAUUCUGAACGAUUCAUUAAUAUGGAAGGAAUCAGGAGGAAUAUAUGUGGCGAUACCUCAGCAUACAAUACAGUUUUUGGCUGGGUAUUGAGCGGUCCAAUGCAAACUGAGAGAAUUUUAUCAUUUUCCACGAACGUGGUGGAAUCCGAGGAUAUAGAAAUCAGCGAACUUCUGAGAAAAUUCUGGGAGCAAGAAGAGGUACCCAUAGCUCCUCCUCUUUGUGAAGAUGAUCAGUUUUGCGAAGAGUUUUACUCUAAAACUACCUCCAGGUCGCCGGACGGUAAAUACGUCGUGAGACUGCCUUUCAAAGCAGAAUUCUCCGACUCCCUCUCUCUUGGCUCAUCUCGCUUUCUGGCUCUGGCUCAGUAUAAUCGGAUGGAGACAAAGCUCUCGAAUGAUCCCGAGCUAAAAACCGAGUACAAUUCGGUUUUAAACGAGUACAUUUCUCUUGAUCACGCUCAGGAGACCUCGUCUCAGGAAAUCAACUGCGAUGGACGAUACAAUUCAUUUUAUCUCCCACACCACGCAGUCGUCCGUCCAGAACACAAGUCCACGAAGGUGAGAAUUGUGUUCAACGCAUCUCGUAGGAGCAAAUCUGGUUAUUCGCUGAAUGAUGUGCUCCGCACAGGACCUACACUGCAAACCGAUUUAACGUCUGUGAUCCUCAAUUGGCGCCGAUACCGAUAUGUGUUCUGUGGCGACAUUCAGAAGAUGUAUAGGCAAAUAUGGCUACAUCCGAUCGACAGAGCAUAUCAACGCAUACUUUUCAGACCGGAUCCUAACGGACCGGUGAAGGAUUUUGAACUAAAAACGGUUACCUUUGGUCUGAACUGCGCACCGUUUUUAGCAAUUCGCACUCUAUUGCAACUCGCCUCUGAUUCCGAGGAUGAGUUUCCGAAUGUCGCAAAGACACUGAGGAAGGAGACUUAUGUCGACGACAUUCUGUCUGGUGGCUUCACUAUAGAGGACACUAUCCGCAAGCAAGAGGACUUGAUAUCAGUUCUGGGGCAAGCAGGGUUUCCUCUUGUGAAACUGACUGCAAACGACCCACAAUUACUUGCCCGGCUUCCCAAAGAAAGUCUCUAUGACUCUGACUUCUUGCGUUUCGAUGAAGCGAGCACAACGAAAACCUUGGGUAUCAAAUGGAAUGCGCUUACUGAUUCUUUCAGUUACACCCUCGGCGCUCUUCCAACAGAUCAGCCCAUGAGCAAACGCAAGGUACUGUCUGCCGUUGCUCAGUUAUUCGAUCCUGCAGGAUGGGUGGCUCCCAUUGUAAUCAGGGCGAAGAUACUGAUGCAGCAACUUUGGCUAGAAGGUUUGGAUUGGGACGACGAACUCGGCUCAGAAACUCUAAUGAAGUGGAAUUCUCUGGUAUCCGACUUGAAUCACGUCGGAUCAAUCUCCAUACCCAGAUGGCUACAGUACUAUCCGACUGAUACAGUAGAGAUUCACGGAUGUACAAUAACACCACCAUUUCACGUGACGGGCAUAGAUUUCGCAGGGCCCUUUGAUCUCAAAAGUUCAGCUCUUCGCAGAGCCCCUCUCUUAAAGGGUUAUGUAAGCAUUUUCGUGUGCUUCUCUACAAAGGCUGUGCAUUUAGAGCCAUGCUCCGAGCUCUCCACGGCGGCAUUUGAAGCCGCCUUUUCUCGAUUCGUUGGGAGGCGAGGCCUACCUCGAAAGGUAGUAUCUGAUAAUGGCAGGAAUUUCGUGGGUGCCAGUCGAAAGAUGCUACGAGAGUUUAGGAGUUUCAUUCAGGUUGCAGCAAGCGACAUUGCUGAGAGGUACUCUACACAGGGCUUUGAGUGGCAGUUUAUACCCCCUCAUGCUCCACAUAUGGGUGGGCUUUGGGAAUCGGCCGUGAAAUGUUUUAAGCACCAUUUCAGGAGAGUGGCUGGCGCUCAUUUAUUCACGUUCGAGCAAUUUGCCACAUUACUUGCUCGUAUUGAAGGAGUUCUGAACUCUCGCCCCAUCUCUGCCGUCUCUGAGGAUCCGAAUGAUCUCACGGCGCUGACUCCCGGACAUUUUUUAAAAGGCGCUCCGAUAAUGUCAUUUCCCGAGCCUUUGGCUGGGGAUAUCUCCGUGGUAAAUAGGUGGGUGAAGUUGAAGGCCAUCCAUCACCAGUUUGCUAUACGAUGGAAAGAGGAGUAUCUGAGGACGCUGCAGAAGCGUUAUAAAUGGAAGACCACUUCUCCCAAUGUGAAGGUCGGUGAUCUUGUAGUCGUAAUGGACGAUCUACUACCGCCUAGUGACUGGCGACUGGGAAGAGUGUCUAAGACCUACAGCGGUUCCGAUAGGAACACCAGAAUUGCGGAUGUGAAGAUCGCAUCCGGGGUCAUUACUCGACCAAUCGUUAAACUAUGUCACUUACCCAUACUUGAUCAAACCCAAUAG